CCCAAGCAGAUUGUUUGGAAUGGUCAGAUGGACCGACCGAUGGAGACACAGGAUAGCAGUCCGGACCGCUGAGGGCUUGGACAUGCGAGCGAAUAUUUAUCUGGAAAAACACACUUUUGGCAGCGUGGGGUGCGGCUGUGUAAGGGAAAGCCAUGCCGCUGGUGAAGAGGAACAUUGAGCCCAGGCACCUGUGCCGCGGGGUGCUGCCCGAUGGCAUUGGCAGUGAGCUUGAGUGUGUCAUGAACAACACACUGUCUGCUAUCAUACGCCAACUCAGCAGUCUCAGUAAACAUGCUGAAGACAUAUUUGGAGAGCUCUUCAACGAGGCAAACCUGUUCUAUGUGCGGGCGAACUCUCUGCAGGACCGGAUUGACCGACUUGCCGUCAAGGUCACUCAGCUGGACUCUACGGUUGAGGAGGUGUCUCUUCAGGACAUCAACAUGAGAAAGGCUUUUAAAAGCUCUACCGUUCAAGACCAGCAGGUGGUGUCCAAGAGCAGCGUUCCAACCCCUGUGGUGGAGAUGUACAAUUUAAGUGACAAGCCUCCACCUCUCAAUAUUCUCACUCCCUACAGAGAUGAUGACAAAGAAGGGCUGAAGUUCUACACUGACCCCUCUUACUUCUUUGACCUGUGGAAGGAGAAGAUGCUACAAGAUACAGAAGACAAGAGGAAAGAGAAGAGACGGCAAAAGGAGCAGAGACGGUGUGUAGACGGCACGCUGCAGAGGGAGGUGAAAAAGGUGCGAAAAGCGCGAAACCGCAGGCAGGAAUGGAACAUGAUGGCCUUCGAUAAAGAACUGCGACCUGACCAUCGACAUUCUCACACUGUGCACAGAGGAGGGUCUAUAGACGGCACAAUGUCCCCAGAACACAGGUCUCGUGGACAAGAUCAUGCAGAUCACGGCUAUCUCUCUAUGGCCAACCACGCUGGCUACGCACACACUUAUUCAGGGCCGCCGCCUAGUAUGGCAGCUCUGUCUGCUCAUACUCCAAUGAACAUGGAGCAGGAUUACAGGGGUGGGUCCAUGGCAUACCGUUCUGGCACACUGGGUCGUCCACACCAGGCCCCGCCCCCUCCGCCAUCAGCAAACACAAUGAAUGGCUCCAUGACUCUGCCACCUGUCAGUUACAGUUUGGAUUACAUGAAUUCUGGGCUACCACCUCCACCCGCAGCUGCUAUCCCAUCAGGACAAACAGCUUUUGCUAUGCCGCCCUUGGGACCAGUCCUGCCUCCAGGCCAUCUAGGACCAAUGGGAGCAGCCACGGGCUAUGCCCCACCCGCACCAAUGGCUGCCCCUCCACCACCUGUAGCCCCGCCCCCUCCUCCCAGCGCAACCCAAUCCAUCACUCCCAAACGGCCCUCUGUGCCUAAUGAAGCCCAGGCCUUGAACGAUGCUCGCAGUGACCUGCUGGCAGCUAUAAGAAUGGGUAUUCAGCUGAAAAAAGUUCAAGAGCAGCAGGAGCAGCAGGCAAAACGAGAGCCGGUGGGCAAUGAUGUGGCAACCAUCUUGUCUCGCCGCAUAGCCGUGGAAUACAGCGAUUCUGAGGACGAAUCUGAGCUAGAGGACAAUGACUGGUCUGACUAACACUAUACGUAAUGAUGCAACAAAAAACACACAGUCACAAGGGUUUACACCAAUAAAAUCACAUGUGAACGUGUUGGAUUCCUCAAGCACAGAAAUGCAUUUUAAUAUCAUUAUGAAUAACUAAUAGCUCCAUGAACCUCUACGUAUGAUGUUUUUCCAUGUUUUCUAAUGAUUUUUAAUAAAACACUUGUUUCUAAGCAAUAUGGACAUACAGCCGUGGACAAAAUGAAAAGACAAUUUCAUCUAACAUGAUCAAAAUGAUCCGUUUUGUUUUAUUCUGUUAGCUACUAACAAUAUUUCUCCCAAAUGUCAAAUAAAAAUAUACAUAAUAUUUCUAUUUUAUUUAUUUGCAGAAAGUGAAAACUGGAGAAAAAGGUCAAAAUAAAAGGUCAAAAGUGUUCUGUAUUUUUUCAUAUUUACCUUUAAGCAAUGCAAUAGUAAUAUUUGUACAUGUAUUUAGGAAAAGUUCCAAAUUAUUCAUGGGUCUCGUCAUGCUGUCAGUCUUUCACAUUGCUGUUAGAUGACUUUGUCACUCCUGAGGUUUGACUUUGUUGAAAUUCAACAGACACUGGGCCGGAAUGGCCACAAUACAUCUAGAAAUUCUGAUUAAAUGAACAUUUGGAAUGGUCUCUUCAUUUUUUUCUUCGGCUGUAUAUAGUGGAUAGCGACUAAAACUAACGAUUAAGCAAGAUGAGGUCAGCGAAAACACAUGGAUGGAAUUUGUUCAGUGCUCAGCUCUGUACAUUUUUGGAGUCUGCAUGAAGUUUGUAUAAUACUAGAUGUAUAUGUGGAGAUGUGAGGUCAGUCAUAUUUGUGUGAACUGACUCGAGGUGUUUGAUUAAACUACC